CCAAAACCAUUAAUUUAAUGCCUGUCCUUCCUCAAUUCCUCAUAUAAACCAACCCCCUCCGCCUCAAACCUGCCCAAUCCCAUCCUCCUCCUGCCCCACCACCUACACACACACACACACCCUCUUCUUGUCCUAAAGAGAGAGAGAGAGGUCCCAAGGUGUGGAGUUUGUGACAGACCCACCUCUCCAGAAGGUGUAAUUCCACAGAGGGAGAGGGGGGAGGAUGGAUGUGAGGAAGAUAGUGGUGGUGGUGGAGGAGGCGGAGGCGGCCAGGACGGCGCUCGAGUGGGCCCUCCGCAACCUGCUCCGCUGCGGCGAUGUGAUCACCCUCCUCCACGUCUACUCCGCCGCCGCCGCCGCCGCUGCCCCCGCCAAGUCCAGGAGCAGGAAGAAGCUGCGGCUCCUCCGCCUCCGGGGGUACCAGCUGGCCCUCUCCUUCAGGGACAUCUGCAGCAGCUUCCCCAACACCAACAUAGAGAUCGUGGUGGCGGAGGGCGAUCAGGAGGGCGCCAAGAUCGCGUCCAUGGUGAGGGAGAUGGGCGCUUCGGCCCUCGUCGUCGGGCUCCACGAUCAGAGCUUCCUCUACAAGUUGGCCAUGACCAACGACACCAUCGCAAGCAGCUUCAAUUGCAGAGUUCUAGCAAUCAGGCAACCACCUCCUUCCCCAUUCAGUAGCACCAAGACUCGUGCGAUUACAACGGACGCUUCGUCGAUCAACUUGGACUUUUCCCAGGUCGAUAUGGCCCCGCUGGACCUACCCGAUAUACAUCCGCCUAAAAUCCCUUACCGGAUAUGCCCGAAUCCCUCGGCCAUCAUCUGGAGAUCGAGGAAACCCAGGAGAAGACGAGGCGGUUCUUCAAGAUGACCCCAUCAAAGCUGGUUGAACCCAUUUACACACAGAUCUCUCUCUCUUUUUUUCUUUCGUUUUUUUUCCUUAUUCAUUGGAGAGUUGGGAUGGACUGGGAUAUAGUUCUGGUCCAUGGUAUGAUCCUCCUCUCAACUCACUCUCACAGAUGACACAAUACCCUCAGAUUAUAGAAGACUGAAAAUAGAUGAAAAUUUGACACUAAACCCUGCUGUUUUGAGUUCAACAAGAACAAGCUUUUCGAUCGAUGAGCUCAUCUCACUUUCCUUCUUUCUCUGUACAUAGCCAUUUAGACUCUUCUAAUCUGUCUCACAGUUCAUCUUCAUGGUUCAUAGCUUGAGGGUCGGUACUCUGACAUUUGCUAAGCAACUGACCUCUCUGUUUCGCGACCGACUCCUGAAGUGUGCACCGGUAAAAUGGUGUAAUCGCAUGGCAAGCAGCGAACGCUUACAUUAACCUGCAUGCACAUACGUCGGAAUGUGCUAAACAACGAAUAUACACGUCAGUGAAAGCAUUGCCGUUCGACGAUGCCUUGGAGAAAGUUGAGUUUUGUUAGAUUCUGCUAUCGGAUAGAGAGUUCAAUCCUGUUCUCUCUCAAAGGCAAGAAUAACGGGAAGGAUGUCAUGACCAAAUGAGAGUCUUCUCAAACUCUUGGCCAAGAAAGAAGAACAACUCUUGUAAACUCUUGCCUGUUGGCUUAAUGAUUCAAGAAAGACGGAUUUACG